CCCACGCCGCUUUACAGGGAGCCCUCUCGGGGAAGCGGCGCGCGGCAAGUCCCGGCCGGGGGAGGGGAGAACGAGGGGAAAUGAUUUGGAGCGUGGCGAACUCCCCCCACGCCCGGCCCGGCUGCACCUGAGGCGCCGCCGCGAAGGAGGGCAAGAACUGAAGUCUCUCGCGAUCACAUGGAUGCCUCGGCCGCCAUUGGCUGCAGCCUGGCCGCCAGCUGCGCUCCUCUCCUCUCCGCUCAGAGAGCCCAGAGGGAGAGCGCAACGCGGCGGCAUCGUCUUCCUCUCAGGCCACAAAGGAAGGCGCGUUUGAUGCGGUGCCUGAGGCCGCCUGCCUGCCCUGCCUUGCCCGCCUCCCAGCAGUCACGCGCCGCGGCACCUGCAUGGCUUCGCUGCCAGAGUGAAGCAGCACACGCAACCUGCCGCCUCCUCCUCCGCGAGCUGAGGAAGUGCUCCCAUAUGUCUGCAGGGCUGGCCAACAUGACUGAGUGACUGCUGAGGCUCGCCUCCUUUGUGGCGUCCCCCCCCCCCCCCGCUCCUUUCCCAUCCCCCUUAUCCUCGGACCCUGCCGUAGUCGCAGCCGCAGCCAAGCACGAGGAAGAGGAGUGCGGCUUGAUCAGGAAUGUUUACCCUUGCAGAAGUUGCAUCUCUUAAUGACAUUCAACCAACUUAUCGUAUCCUGAAACCAUGGUGGGACGUAUUUAUGGAUUAUCUAGCAGUUGUUAUGCUAAUGGUAGCUAUUUUUGCUGGAACCAUGCAGCUGACCAAAGAUCAGGUGGUCUGUUUGCCCGUCUUGCAGUCCGCUGUAAAGCCCAGCUCUCCGGGAAGUGCCAAAGUUACAACUAUUGUACCAGACUCUGAAACAACUGCUGUUCAAGACAAAGAAAUGCCGCCGACCAUUUCCUUUGAAAGGGCAUCUGCUGUUACACCUGACAUACCUCUGAGCAGGGCUAGCAAUUCACCUCUGCACUCCACUGUCGCACGUCAAGAACUGAAGGAGGAGGAAAAAGAUCCUCUGGGCCGAAAAACAAACUUGGAUUAUCAGCAAUAUGUUUUCAUUAACCAGAUGUGUUAUCACUUGGCUCUUCCUUGGUAUUCAAAGUACUUUCCUUACUUAGCUCUUAUACAUACUAUUAUUUUAAUGGUCAGCAGCAAUUUUUGGUUUAAAUAUCCCAAAACUUGCUCAAAGAUUGAACACUUUGUUUCUAUCUUAGGGAAGUGCUUUGAAUCUCCUUGGACUACAAAAGCAUUGUCUGAAACAGCAUGUGAGGAUUCUGAGGAGAACAAACAGAGACUGACUGGGGCCCAGUCUCUGCCAAAGCAUGUCUCAACCAGUAGUGAUGAAGGAAGCCCAAGUGCAAGUACCCCCAUGAUAAGCAAGUCCGGUUUCAAGUUUUCAGCAGAAAAACCGGUUGUUGAGGUCCCCAGCAUGACCAUUUUGGACAAAAAAGAUGGAGAGCAAGCCAAAGCCUUGUUUGAAAAAGUAAGGAAAUUCCGGGCUCACGUAGAGGACAGUGAUCUGAUUUAUAAACUCUAUGUCGUUCAGACUGUCAUCAAAACUGUGAAAUUCAUAUUUAUUCUCUGCUAUACAGCAAACUUUGUCAAUGAAAUUAGUUUUGAGCACAACUGCAUGCCCAAAGUGGAGCAUCUGACUGGCUACCAAAAGUUUGAAUGCACACACAACAUGGCAUAUAUGCUAAAGAAGCUGCUCAUCAGUUACAUUUCUCUCAUUUGUGUCUAUGGUUUUGUCUGUCUGUACACGCUCUUCUGGUUGUUUCGGUUACCGCUGAAGGAAUACUCUUUUGAAAAAGUUAGAGAGGAGAGCAGCUUCAGUGAUAUUCCAGAUGUUAAGAAUGAUUUUGCGUUUCUCUUGCACAUGGUUGACCAGUACGAUCAGCUGUACUCCAAGCGGUUUGGCGUCUUCUUGUCAGAGGUGAGUGAGAAUAAACUGCGGGAAAUAAGCUUGAACCAUGAGUGGACUUUUGAAAAGCUGCGGCAGCACGUUUCCCGCAAUGCCCAGGAUAAGCAAGAACUGCACCUGUUCAUGCUGUCUGGGGUCCCAGAUGCGGUGUUUGAUCUGACGGACCUCGAUGUGUUGAAACUUGAGCUGAUCCCAGAAGCAAAAAUCCCAGCUAAAAUCUCCCAGAUGACUAACCUUCAAGAGCUUCACCUCUACCACUGCCCUGCAAAGGUGGAACAAACGGCCUUCAGCUUUCUCCGUGACCACUUGAGGUGCCUGCAUGUGAAGUUCACUGACGUUGCAGAAAUCCCAGCCUGGGUGUACUUGCUCAAAAAUCUUCGGGAGUUGUACCUGAUAGGCAACUUGAACGCUGAAAAUAAUAAAAUGAUAGGACUUGAAUCUCUUCGAGAAUUAAGGCACCUUAAAGUUCUCUACGUGAAAAGCAAUUUGACCAAAAUUCCCUCUAACAUCACGGAUGUGGCACCGCAUCUAACCAAGCUUGUCAUUCAUAACGAUGGCAACAAGAUCUUUGUACUGAAUAGCCUUAAGAAAAUGAUGAAUGUAGCAGAGCUAGAAUUGCAGAACUGUGAUCUGGAGAGAAUUCCACAUGCCAUUUUCAGUCUCACUAACCUACAGGAAGUGGAUUUGAAGUCAAAUAGCAUACGCACAAUUGAAGAAGUCAUUAGCUUCCAACAUUUAAAAAGACUGACGUGUCUGAAGCUGUGGCAUAAUAAAAUAGUCUGCAUUCCUCCUUCUAUUAGCUACGUGAAAAACCUGGAGUCACUUUACCUCUCCAACAAUAAACUCGACUCCUUACCAGCGGCAGUGUUCAGUUUACAGAAACUCAGAUGCUUAGAUGUAAGCUACAACUCCAUUGCGGUGAUUCCUGUGGAUAUAGGUUUGCUCCAGAACCUGCAGCAUUUGCAUGUCACUGGAAACAAGGUGGAUAUUUUGCCAAAACAGUUGUUUAAAUGCGCUAAAUUGAGGACUUUGUGUCUGGGACAAAACUGCAUCACUUCAAUCCCAGAAAAAAUUGGUCAGCUGUUGCAGCUAACUCACCUGGAGCUGAAGGGGAACUGUGUGGACCGUCUCCCUGCAACCCUGGGCCAGUGUCGGCUUCUCAGGAAAAGCGGACUCAUUGUGGAAGAUCACCUCUUUGACACGUUGCCUUCAGAAGUCAAAGAAGCAUUAAACCAAGAUACAAGCAUUCCCUUUGCUAAUGGGAUUUAAACAGAAGUCGAAUUCCAAGUGAUUAAUGUAGACCAUACUAAAGUACGAGUUGUUAUAAAUCCUGUGUUAAGAAUCUGGAACUCUUUUUGUAAGAAAGGACUGUUAGAAGGGUGGUAGAAGCAGUUUGGUGUUUGUAGUAUUUUAAAACAUCAUUUCUGAAAUUUUUGGAGGGGGGAGAGGAAAAGGCGGGGGGGGGGGUGAGAACCCCUUCAGUGAAUCUUGAUUCUCAUUUCUUUUGAGAUGUUUGUAACUUGGAUGCUGCCGCUUUUGAAUGUUUACAAAUUGCUCGCCUGCUUAAUGUACAUGAUUAAACUGGUGACCUUUUCUUACUAUAAAGAACGUUAAUGGCUCAGUUCA